AUGAUCAUGGACUUUUCUCUUCAAAUCAUUAUCACAUGUCUCCUCUUAAUUACCGCCACUGCCUCAUCAUCAUCACCACCUCCCGGCGGCUUCACCACCGACUUAAUCCACCGUCGCCGCUCUAACUCCUCUUCCCGACCCUCCAAUGUUAAUGACGGAUCAUCUCCUUACGCCAAUACCGUCUUUGACACCUACGAGUACCUAAUAAAGAUACAAGUCGGUACUCCACCUGUGGAGAUCCAAGCUGUCUUAGACACAGGAAGCGACCAAAUAUGGACACAAUGCCUGCCUUGUCUCAGCUGCUACAACCAAGAAGCUCCCAUCUUCGACUCUUCCAAAUCCUCAACCUACAAACCAAGAAGAUGUGACAGUACCCCUGACCACUCUUGUCCAUACCAAGCUAUCUACGCAGACAAUAGCUAUUCCUUUGGAACGUUAGCAUCCGAGACAGUCACGAUCCAGUCCUCUUCAGGCCAGCCUUUUGUGAUGCCUGAAACGCUCAUUGGUUGUGGCAACAACUCGGGGCUUAAACCGACCUUUUCAGGCGUUGUUGGUCUAGGCAGAGGAUCUUCAUCGCUCAUCUCUCAGAUGGGUGAAGACUUCUUGGGGAUUUUCUCUUACUGCUUCUCCGGCAAGGGAACUAGCAAGAUCAACUUCGGAAGUAACGCUAUCGUAGCAGGAGAUGGGACAGUAGCUACCGAUAUGUUUCAGAAGAGUAACAAUCCAGAUUUCUAUUACCUUAACCUAGACGCCAUCAGCGUUAAUGAUAACCGCGUUGAGACGUUGGGGACAUCGUUUCACGCCUUGGACGGAAACAUAAUCAUCGACUCUGGAACGACUUACACUUACUUGCCGGAUAGUUACUGUAGCCAAGUGAAGGAUGCUGUGAGCAGUGUUGUGCAAGCGGAGCAAGUACCUUUCUCGGAGAGCAACAUGCUUUGCUACAGUACCGACAACUUAGACCUCUUUCCGGUGAUCACCAUGCAUUUCUCCGGCGGUGCGGAUCUCGUGUUGGAUAAGUACAACAUGUAUGUGACUACGGGAGGAGUGACUUGUUUGGCUAUCCAGUGUGUUGGUCCGACACAAUAUGCCUUCUUUGGGAACAGAGCACAGAACAACUUUUUGGUGGGUUAUGAUUCUUCCUCGGAGCUCGUUUCUUUCAAGGCCACCGAUUGUUCUUCAUUGUGGAGUUAG